AUGCUCUCAGGUCUCGGUAAAUUUAUUUUAGUCCUCUCCUUAUGUCUUUAGUGCAGCUUGUUAAUCUAAGGAAUUGAUGCCUAAUCUAAUUUCAAAACUAAUAUGGAUGCUUUUAGCAAGGCUCUCCCUUAACUCAGCAUUAUUGCAUAAUACAGCUAAUACUAUGAUUAUAUUAGAUUCGCUCUUGCUGGUCUUUAUGGAUUCAGUAUCCUCAUUUUAGUUACUCCCUCUUGUUUUGUUCCUUUAGUUAGCGCUUUAGGUAUUAUUUUAAAUACUGCUAUCACCUAUCUCCCUAUUUUACUUAAGGACAAUCAAAAUGAACUCGCUCUUACUGCUGUCCUCAAGAACGUUUGUAUCUUAGGAGGUCUUUUCUACCUUAUGGGUUCUUCUUGCACUAAGACUUGCAAGCCUAAAACUGCUUGA